GGACCCCACAUCUCGCCCUCUCCAGAACAUUCUCCCGAACCGCCCCCGGAGCCGAGCGGCAAAGGCCGGCAGUAGCUGAAGAACAGCAAGCAAGAACCAUCUGUCCAUCCAUUGCAACAUCAGACGCCGAGAAGGGAGGGACGGGACAGCAAAGCAAGUUUCAGCAAUGUCUGCCAAGUACAUCAUCGCCGCUCUAGCUGGUUCCUUCGCGAUCGCGUACGCAUCCGAUGUCCUAGUGGCACAAAAGAAGAUUUUUGGAGCUUGCGUUACUUACAUGGUGAGCAGGCACGACGCCGAGGACGGUGGCGGACAAGGAGUGGUGGCAGGCGACGGACAAGAAGUUCCAGGCAUGGCCUCGCACCGCGGGACCGCCGGUCGUCAUGAACCCCAUCAGCCGCCAGAACUUCAUCGUCAAGGAUCUCAAGCCCUGAGGAGGCUCAUGCUCCGACUUAUGGACCAGACUGAACGUGACAUUGGUUGCAGCUAGUUGUAGUCCUGUGGAUUGUAGCUGCAAGCUACUGUACAAGCUACUGUACGCAUGAAGUGUGUGAUGUAUCCCUACUCCUGAAUAUAAUCACUGCCUGGUCUGAAUAAAACAGUUCUUCGUAACUGUUUGUCUGAAUUCUGAAAGAAAAGAGUGAAUCUGAAGCAGCAGUAGUAUUUGCUUGAGACAGUGUCCGGUUCUUGGAACCGUGAUGUUAACGGUUGCCUGAACUUUUCGCCCGUGCUCA